CUGAACCGGAACAAACCGAACGAUUGGUUAUGCAAAACCACGAUUUAUAUAUGCCAAUAUAAACCGAUGAAUUCUGAUUAAACCGUGAGAGAACCGGUAACCCUUUACGAAGCCUUUGGUCCUUCAACGUGCUUUUUUGACCGGAAGCUCUCUAAUCUCCGUAUCACAAAUCGAACAGAAGGGAUUUCUCUGUGUUUAGAAAGGUUACCCCUUUGAUUAUUGUCCCAAGCAAAGAAUAAAGGGCGGUUUCAAGUGUAAACUUUUCUCCUCUCCUUCAAAUUUCUCGCAUUUCUCAGUCAAUUUCAAGUGGGUAUGUCUCAGAUCCUCGUUGUUAUUUUGGGUCUGAGAGUUAAACCUUGUAAAGAAUCAAUGACAGAGAUCUUUAGUGAGACUGGAUCCAGACAGUUAACACAAAUGUUCCUGGCGAUAACCUUCUUCCACACAUCAGAAUACAUUCUCGCCAGAGCCAUCCACGGACCAUCUAGAGUAACUCUAAGCUCGCUCUUGAUCACCAAACACUACGUUUUAGCAAUGCUAGUCUCACUCCUCGAGUACCUAAUCGAGAUCACUCUCUUCCCGAACCUGAAACAGCACCGGUGGAUCAGCAACUUCGGUCUUCUAAUGAUUCUCCUCGGCGAAGUCCUCCGCAAAACCGCGAUCGUCACGGCUGGCAGGUCAUUCACGCACCUUAUAAAGAUUCGACACGAGGAGCAUCACAGUCUCGUGACGCGAGGUGUGUACCGAAUCGUGAGGCAUCCGAGCUACUCCGGGUUUCUCGUCUGGUCUGUGGGGACGCAGGUGAUGCUGUGUAACCCUGUUUCGGUGGUCGCGUUCGCGGUUGUGGUGUGGAAGUUCUUUGCGGAUAGGAUACCUUACGAGGAGCAUUACCUGAAGCAGUUUUUUGGAAGAGAGUAUGUGGAGUAUGCGCAGAGGGUUCACUCUGGUGUUCCUUUUGUUAACUGAAACAUUUGUUUGAAUCGGUUAUUAACUAACGUUUAUAGGUUUGGUUGAUUACUGUAAAACAUGGAAAAUCAUGGAAAGAGAUGUUACUCAUGUUUGACAUUGAUGUAUUUGUCACUGGUGAUGAUUUGGUUAUUGAAUACAUGACUGAACUAAAGCUGAUAUUUUAUUUUAUUUUGCCUUGGA